CUGGCAGAAGUCAGACAAAGUUCUUUGUCUUUUCAUCCAAAUGGAAUUAUGUGAACAAGGGACACUGGAAAACUGGAUAGAAAAUAAUAGAAAAGACCAAAAAUAUCAUGAGAUGGCACAAAACAAAUUUUUACAAAUACUGAAAGGAGUGAAAUACAUUCAUUCUGAAAGGUUAAUUCAUCGAGAUCUCAAGCCUCAGAAUAUAUUCAUAUCAUGUGAAGAUAAAAUAAAAAUAGGCGACUUUGGUCUUGUGACUUCUGUGGAGUAUGAGACUCUGACUGAGAACAGAGGAACAAAAUCAUAUAUGGCACCAGAACAGGUCGGGGACAGAUACGGAAAUGAAGUAGAUAUUUUUGCACUGGGAUUAAUUUGGUUUGAAAUUCUUUCGGCAUUCACUUGUCAUGAGAAAAUGAAGGUAUGGCAUGAUGUUAGAGAAGGUAAACUUCCAAAGCACUUCACCUAUCAAUUUCCAGCAGAGGCACCCAUAAUCCGAAAGAUGCUUUCAAGAGAUCCUUCAGGAAGAUACUCUGCAGCUGAAAUACUUGAGUUUUUUCAGUCUGCCACUAAAGCCAACUCAUUUAGAGCUCAUACUCAGUAA